AUGUCCACGAAACCAUCCACGCUGCGGCUCAUGUCCGACCUGAAGACCAUGAAACAGCAACCCCCGGAGGGCGUCAGCGCCAGCCCUCUAUCCGACGAGAACCUCUUCGUCUGGGGCGGCACCGUCUUUGGGCCUGACGACACGCCGUGGGAGGGGGGGAUUUUCUCCAUGCGGCUGACGUUCACGGAGCAGUACCCCGACAAGCCGCCGCGCGUGCGCUUCACUUCGGAGAUGUUCCACCCCAACAUCUACCCGGAUGGUACUCUCUGCAUGGACCUCAUCCAGGACAACUGGUCGCCGAUCUACUCCGUGAGCUCCAUUUUUAUAGCCAUCCGGUCGCUGCUCACAGAUCCCAACUGCGCGAACCCUGCCAAUCCGGAGGCAGCGCAUUUGUAUCAGACGGACAAAAAGGCCUACAAUCGCAAGGUGCGCCGCGUUGCUGAGAAGUCCACGGGAUGA